CUCCUUGCCCUCUGACUACCAUGUCCAUCGCCACCCUCUUCGACGUUCGGAAACAGCUCACAUUCUAUGGUUCUUACCACUCCAACCCGGUGAACAUAUUCAUUCAUAUCUUCGGUGUCCCUCUUCUCCUAUGGAGCGCAUUCGCGAUCGCUACCAGGAUCCCAACUCCCUCAUUCUUCCCCUAUGUUCACCAUGAAUUCAACGAAUAUUUCGUGUUCGACCUCAAUGCCCCCGCAGUAGCGGCUCUACUUUAUCAGUCGUAUUAUUUCGCGCUUGAGCCCGUCGCUGCUUUGUUGUAUGCGCCCCAGAUGGUGUUCACCCUUCUGACCUCCACUGCCUUUUCCUACCAUCCUAAUGGCAUCAGGGAUGCGAUUGCUGUUCAGGUCGUCUCCUGGCUCGCCCAGUUCGCUGGUCAUGGCCUGGCCGAGAAGCGGGCCCCUGCACUCCUGGACAACAUUCUUGGAGCUUUCGUCCUAGCUCCCUUCUUUGUCCACCUUGAGCUUUUGUUCCAGGCGGGUUAUCGCCCAGAGUUCCACAAGCAGCUAACCAAUGAUAUCGGCAAAGAGAUCGCGAGGAUCAAGAAAGAGCAAGGUGACAAGCGCCGAUCCAAGGAGAAGGAGCUUUGAAUCCAAUGUACAAUGCUCGACGCCAAUGUCAUGAUCUCCGCUUUAUUGUUGUACAAAUUAUCUGCGGAAUUGGAAUACAACACACCCUACUCUGUAAAGCACCCACUUGAACUAUCCGUAGGUUGCCAU